AUGUCAAGUGAGGAUAAAAGGAAAUUAGAAGCCGAACAGGCAAAGUGGUUGCAACAGCAAACUUUACUUGAACAGAAACAGGUUGAACAGGAAAAUUUAAAGACUCAAUUGCAAAAGUGGCAAGAUCAACUUAAACAACAGCAUCAACAAUUGAUGGCGCAACAAGAACAACUUAAUAUUCGACAGCAACAAGUUGAGGAAAGAUGGAGAAACUCAACGGUUUUAGAGUCAAGCCAGGUUCAAAGUCCAAACACAGUCCAAGCUGUAUCAACACCUAGUGUUAGUUUUUUUUCGACUAUUGGCUCGUUGUCAGAGUUUAGUAUUGGUGAGGAUUGGGAAUUAUACGAAGAAAGGUUAAAUCAAUAUUUUGUGGCUAACAGCGUGCCUGAGGACCGGAAAGUAGCGGUAUUGAUAACCUUGAUUGGUCAAGAAGCUUACAAAGUGCUGAAAAAUUUGUGUGAUCCUUGUUUACCCUCAACCAAACCAUAUAGUGAGCUCUGUGAUAUUUUGAAUAAACAAUUCGCGCCAAGAGUUUCCGUUUUCAAAGAAAGAAUUGAAUUUUAUCACUUAACGCAAAGUGAGUUUGAAAAAGUGAAUGAGUGGUAUGCUCGAAUUAAAAGUAAAGCUAUCACGUGUAAAUUUGGUUCUCUUUUAGACGAUAAAAUUAAAGACAAAUUUGUUACUGGUUUAAAAAGAGGUCCGGUUUUGGACAGAGUAUGUGAACUUGAAUCUACAGCGACAUUAAAUACAAUUUUGGAAGCGGCUAGGAAUAAGGAGGCGACUUUAACAACGGCAGCUAAGUCCAGUUCAUUGGAAUUACACAAGAUUUACUCGAACAACAGCAGAUCAAUUCCGAAGAAGGUGGUUCAAUACAACAAGGAUAUUAAGAAGAAAAGUGCAUCACAAACUCAUGAAGGGCAAUCAAGUGAGCUUAAAUGUAGAUACUGCGGAGGUGUUAAGCAUAGUUUUGCAAGAUGCAAGUAUAAAAGUUAUCGGUGUAAAAAUUGUAAAAAAGUAGGGCAUUUAUCUAAAGUUUGUAAAGAAAAGAGAUCAGAUAACAACUUUAUUGAAAUCAAUGAAAAUUGUUUAGAGGAAGUUUAUGAUAUGCUUAGAAUAAAUAGUGACGUGGAAUUGAUUGAACCAGAAAUGGUAGAAAUUUUAAUUGAAGGAACACCUAUUAUGAUGGAAAUUGAUUCCGGUGCAGGUAGAUCUGUUAUUCCAGAAAGAUUUUACAAGGAAUUUUUUUCUCAUUGUAUUUUGGAAGAAACAACUGUUAAAUUGAGAAUGUAUGAUGGUACAGUUAUGUUGCCGAUUGGACAAAUUGUUGUAAAAUUAUGUAACAAUGGAACUGAAGCUAAAGGUAGUCUUGUGGUUGUUAAAGAUGGCUGUAGACCUUUGAUGGGUAGAGAUUUAAUGAAAGUCUUAGGAUUUUAUAUUGCUUCAAUUAAUGCUGUUGAGGAAGAUAAAGAAGUUAAAGCACUUUUGGAUCAGUAUUCUGGUUUAUUUGAAAGUAAGUUAGGGAAGUAUGAAUUUGAGAAAGUGCAAGUUAAAUUAAAAGACAAAGUUAAGCCAAUUUUUAUCAAACCUAGAGCGGUACCGUUGGCUCUGAAAAAGAAAUUGGAUAAUGAAUUAGACAAGUUAGAAGCUCAAGGUGUUAUUACUUUAAAAAGUAAUGGAUCGUGGGGUACUCCGUUGGUUCCUAUUUUAAAAAGUGAAGGAAAUAUUAGACUCUGUGCGGAUUAUAAGAUCACUGUUAAUCCGUCGGUUGAGGAUGUUAAACAUCCACUUCCGCGUAUUGAAGAACUUUUUGCAGCUUUGAGUGGCGGAGAAAAAUUUACAAAAUUAGACUUAACGGCAGCUUAUAAUCAGCUGGAAUUAACGGAGGACUCGAAAGAGCUUCUGGCUUGGUCGACGCAUAGAGGAAUUUAUUAUGUUAACCGAUUACCCUUUGGUGUUAAACCAGCUUGUGCUAUUUUCCAAAAAAUAAUGGAAAAAGUGUUAUUGGGGGCUAAAGGUGUUAUCAAUUUUUUAGAUGACAUUGUAGUUACUGGGACAGAUAAAAAAGAUCAUCUGGCAAAUUUGAAAGAAGUUUUUAAGCGAUUAUCGGACGCAGGGUUUAAAUUGAAUUUUAAGAAAUGCUCGUUUAUGCUAUCAGAAAUUAAGUAUCUGGGUCAUAUAAUUGAUAAAAAUAGAUUGAAAAGAGACCCUGAAAAAGUGGCAGCAAUUGUUAAUGUAGGUAGACCAGCUGAUGUGCAAGAAGUGAAGGCUUUUGUUGGCAUGGUUAAUUAUUAUGCUAAAUUUGUACCGAAAAUUUCAGAGAUUUUAGCUCCACUAUAUGAGUUGUUGAAGACUCAAGUUUUUGACUGGUCGGAAAAAUGUGAAAAAGCUUUUCGACAAAUUAAAAAGGAAAUGUCAUCUGAAAGAUUUUUGAUACAUUUUAACCCAAGCUUAGAAAUUAAGUUAGUUUGUGACGCAUCUAAGGUUGGAAUAGGCGCGGUUUUGUUACACAUUCUACCUGAUGGUUCUGAAAAGCCUAUCAGUUAUGCAUCUCGAGUUUUGCGUUCAGCUGAAAAGAAUUAUUCUGUUAUUCAUCGUGAAGCGUUAGCAAUUUAUUGGGCCGUGAACAAGUUUUACCAAUAUUUAUUAGGUAACGAGUUCAUUUUGUGUUCAGAUCACAAGCCAUUGCAGGCACUUUUUGGUGAGAAUAAGGGAAUACCACAAUUGGCUGCGGGGCGUUUGCAGCGCUGGGCUUUAUUUUUGAGUGGUUUCAAUUAUAAAUUUCAAUACGUGAAAGGAGAGUGCAAUGGUGGUGCAGACGGAUUGUCUCGACUUCCAUUGCAAGUUCAGCAAGGUCAAGUAGAUGUGGGAGAUUAUUUUCAUUUUUUGGUAGAAGAUCGAGUACCUGUUUCAGCUGAUGAGAUAAAGAAAGAAUUAAGGCGUGAUAGAAUUUUAAGCAAGGUUUAUUUGUAUACCAGGGAUGGUUGGCCUGAUUGUACUAGUGAAGAAUUCAAACCCUUUGUUGUUCGAGCUAAUGAAAUAAGUUUGGAAGAUGGUAUCGUUAUGUGGGGUUACAGAGUCAUAGUGCCAGAAAAAUUACGAUCCAUAUUGCUUGAAGAGAUUCAUAGUACUCAUAUGGGUAUUGUAAAAAUGAAGGCAUUAGCCAGACAGUAUUUCUGGUGGCCUAAUUUAGACAAAGACAUCGAGACGUACGCUAAAAAUUGUAGUGCUUGUAUGUCGUUUGCUAAGGCACCAGGGAAAGCUGCAUUAAUCAAGUUUCGUGAAGCCACGUUUCCUUUUGAAAGAAUUCAUAUUGAUUUUCUUGGUCCGUUUGAAGGCAAGGAAUUUUUACUGGUUAUAGAUGCUUAUUCUAAAUGGCCAGAAAUUUUUGAAAUCAAUAAAAAAACUUCAACAAAUACUAUUGAGAAAUUGAAAGAGUGUUUUGCGAGAUUUGGUUUACCCGGGUUAAUCAUUUCUGAUAACGGUCUGCAACUUACUUCUGAGGAGUUUAAUAAUUUUUGCAAAAGUAAUUUUAUAGCUCAUGAAACAUCAGCGCCAUACCAUCCGUCAACAAAUGGGUUAGCAGAAAAUGCUGUUGGUUCAUUCAAAAGAGGUAUCAAAAGAGCUUUGUUGGAAAAUAAAAAUAAAUCGAUUAAGUUAUCGACCCUAAUUAGUCGGUAUUUAUUUAGUUAUAGGAAUAUACCACAUUCGACAACUGGUGAAACACCUGCAAAAUUAAUGUUAGGACGUAAUGUUAAGACUAGAUUGACCUUUUUAAAUAUGAAAACUCCAGAAAAUGUUGAAGAUGUUUUGUGGAAAAGGCAUGUUGAUCAAUUACUUAAAACGGGUAGAUUUUAUGAGAGACAGUUGGAAGAAAUUGUUUAUGAAGAAGGAGAGAUGAGAAGACGAUUGGAGGAUUUAGAGAAAGGAAAUUUGCCUGAUAGUAAUAAUAAAAAAGUUGAACUGACAAACCCGAGUAUUGUAGAAGGAGCAACGACUGUUGACUUGCAAGAGAAAGAAAAGGUAGUUAAAGAGAAUUUAGACAAGCGACAUCCUGGUUGUGUUUCAAAUAACAUUAAAUCUAAUAGGACUGCAGCAAAAAAUGUUCGCAAAACGUAUCUUAAGAAAGAUCUUGAUUUAAAUGUGAAUCAAAGAGAGAAGAGAUUAAAUUUUAUAUACGUUUUUAAUUUAGACGGGAAGGGAGAUAGACGACGAAUUCGAAAGUGUGGAACCGGCCGUAAAGAGAGACCUCAACGGAGGAUACACCGCGAGCGAAGGGUCUCACACGAGGCUACGGAGGGAGCGCCAACGCCGAGCUCUGCCGCGAGGGAAACCAAGGCGGACGAGAUUCCCGCUGUUGGCCAGCGAACCGUAGCCUGCCUUCCUCGCGAUACACCAUCAUGCCAACGAUCGUGCUGCCUCUACGCCACUGACAAGGACUGA